AUGCACCCCAAAAUUGAAGAGAAUUGCAAAACCCAAAACCUCCAACAACGAAUUAUAAACACUCGCCAGUGGAACAAAAAUGCAAAUGCCCCUCUUGUUCAGCGAAAACCCUCUGCAAAAGCCCUGGCCAUGCACACUCCCCCGAGAAACCCUCCUUCCACCCCCUCGGUACCAUCCUACCUUAGCCCCAGUCCUAUGUACAGUCCGGGCAGUCCAGCUCAAGUCCUGCCACCGCAGCCAUCGUCCAGGGAAAGGCUACUGCGUAGGCAUCCUCAUCCCUCUUUCGAUAGGGUGAUCUGGCCCAUAAAGCUGCUGCUCUUAGACUGGAACAAGGGGGGCCAUGCCCUGAUGCCUAUGCACCCAGUAGUGUACUGCCCGGCAAACGCAAGCAAGUCCAUUUGGAAUAAGGAUGAUAAUGGAGCGGGGCCCAUCAAGGUCAGUCGAACUGUCGAAGCAGAAGAGAGAGCCAAGACCAUAAAAGCCAGACAGACAUGCAUGACGUUGCGGCAAGGCGUGCAGACCGCAGCGCAGCGCAGGGCGACAGACGGGACCAGGGCACCAUCCGUUGGCUUGCCGUCCCCUACCCUCACGAAGCAUACUCCGUACUUCCUACAUAUGCCUCCUCCUUCUUUCAUGGUCCUAGGCGCAGGCGUAGGAGCAAGCGCGUGCGGCGUGCGGCGUGCGGCGUCUACGGAGCCAGGCCCUCGCAGCUCAAACGCACGGAAAAUCAAGGAAAUCUUCAGCAUCUUCAACGAAUCUAGAACAACGUGGAUGCGAAGACGAUCAAAGAGGAACCCGGCGAGAAGGCCUAGCAAGGGGAGGUAUCGUGAAAACAGACAGCGGCUGGUCGACCGGCCGGCCGGCCGCCCUUCCUAUCGGAGUCUAGGAUAUCGACGGACAACUUUAUCCGUCGCGGUCUUGCCGCUUACCGCUCAUGAUCAGCCCUUGAUGAUGCACUCCGCCAACCGAAGCGAAGGAAAGAAGCUGAGAAGAGCAAGAACCAGUGCCGCUCCUCCGCACCCGCGAUCCACCGUCGAAACAGGCGCGACUCUCUUCCAGUUCCCACUAUACUUGUUCCCACUUGGUUGCAUGGCAAAGACAAAGGACGAGCAGCAAGACGUUGUAUCCCGCAUUUCUUCGCUUCUCGCUUGUCGCUUAGGCUUAGUAGAACCCUAG